AAGCCGAGCCCACGUGUGACGGCUCUCGCCGCUGCCCCGGCUCCGCCGCUCGCAGAGAGAUUCGGAGGAGCCCGGGCGGGGGGGAGGAGGAGGGGGAGGAGGGAGCGGGAGAUCUCGGGGCUCGGAGCCGGCCGCCGCUCCGCUCGGAUCGCUGUGGGGCUCGGUUUUUUGGGGGUGGGGGGGCGGGGGGGCUCAGAUAUGGAGGCAAAUGGGAGCCAAGGCACCUCGGGCAGCGCCAACGACUCCCAGCACGACCCCGGUAAAAUGUUUAUCGGUGGACUGAGCUGGCAGACCUCACCAGAUAGCCUUAGAGACUAUUUUAGCAAAUUCGGAGAAAUUAGAGAAUGUAUGGUCAUGAGAGAUCCCACUACGAAACGCUCCAGAGGCUUCGGUUUCGUCACGUUCGCAGACCCAGCAAGUGUAGAUAAAGUAUUAGGUCAGCCUCACCAUGAGUUAGAUUCCAAGACGAUUGACCCCAAAGUUGCAUUUCCUCGUCGAGCGCAACCCAAGAUGGUCACGAGAACAAAGAAAAUAUUUGUAGGCGGAUUAUCUGCGAACACGGUGGUGGAAGACGUGAAGCAAUAUUUCGAGCAGUUUGGCAAGGUGGAGGAUGCAAUGCUGAUGUUUGAUAAGACGACCAAUAGGCACAGAGGGUUUGGCUUUGUCACAUUUGAGAAUGAAGACGUUGUGGAGAAAGUCUGUGAGAUUCAUUUCCAUGAAAUCAAUAAUAAAAUGGUAGAAUGUAAGAAAGCUCAGCCGAAAGAAGUCAUGUUCCCACCUGGGACAAGAGGCCGGGCCCGGGGACUGCCUUACACCAUGGACGCGUUCAUGCUUGGCAUGGGGAUGCUGGGCUACCCCAACUUUGUGGCAACCUAUGGCCGCGGCUACCCCGGAUUUGCUCCUAGCUAUGGCUAUCAGUUCCCAGGCUUCCCAGCAGCGGCAUAUGGACCAGUGGCGGCAGCAGCGGUGGCGGCAGCAAGAGGAUCAGCUCAGACUACCGGGAAGCCACAUCUGAUUAACCCGACCUGGGCUGCCCCUUCCUUUGCUCUAGCUCCUCAGCAAGAUCUUGUGUCCUCAGUCUCCUUCCUGAUUGUCCUGAAUAGCUACAGUGCUCAACCGAAUUUUGGCGCGCCCGCUUCCCCGGCAGGCUCCAACCCGGCGCGGCCCGGAGGCUUCCCGGGGGCCAACAGCCCAGGACCUGUCGCCGAUCUCUACGGCCCUGCCAGCCAGGACUCCGGAGUGGGGAAUUACAUAAGUGCGGCCAGCCCACAGCCGGGCUCCGGCUUCGGCCACGGCAUAGCUGGACCUUUGAUUGCAACGGCCUUUACAAAUGGAUACCAUUGAGCAGGUGCUUUCGUUGCCAUCUCACUCUGAGAGCAUACCUGGAUGUCCAGGCAAGACUGGGCGAAGUUUCUGAGUGGCCCCUUGUUCAGGUGAUGUCAUCAGACCUGGACCCCCCACCAGCCUCACUCCCCAUCCCAACCAGAGAUGGCUCACUUCGGACAGAGGGUUGACUACAUCUCAUCAUCUCACAAAUCUGCUGUAAUAUAAGACAACAGCUUUUAAAUGUGUAUAUAACCCAUGGUUUUGGUUUUGUUUUGUUUUGUUUUUCUUGAUGGUUUCCCUUCCACCUCCUCUCUUCUCCCUCCUCCUUUUAAAUCUCUUUGAAUCACAUUUGGUAGUGAUUUUGACUUAGUCCAGUAGUCAUAUAGCUUUAAUAUCUAGUUAAAAGCUAACCAUAGUAUAAUUGUUAUAUUAAGGUAUUAUUUUUUUUCUUAAAAAAAUUUUUUUUUGCUUAUUUUGAUUCUGUUCUCACUUUGAAAGGAUGCUGAGAUGGUAAUAUUACUCAAUAUUUUGGUACCGAUUCUGAGACUGUAUGAAUUUUCAGGUGGAGCUUGAGCACACAACAGAAGGGACGUUGUGAGUGUGGAGCGGGAGGUGGGCGUAAACUUUCUACUUUGCAUUGUAUACCAAGUGAGAUGUAGUAGGCUAAUUAACAGACUUGAUAGCAGUUCUUUUUGUGAUGUCUCUUUGUUAACCUAAGUAUAUCUAUUUUCGGCAAUAAGGUAAGGACGACAAUGUUUUCAGUGUCCUCCUUUUCUAUAAGUGCUUUUUUUCUGUUGAAAGAGGUGAUAUUAUAAGGUUUUUUGAAAUUGUGAAUUCUAAAAAAGAAAUGUUGUAAAUACAAUUCCAUUAACUACAUAGAAACUAUUAAGAAAGAGAGAAUCAAAAAUAUUUUUGUGAGGGAGUCGGUCCCAGGCAGUUUGAUGCUCUGUGGAAGGAGGGAAAGGAACAAUAAACCAAGUCAGUUACUGAGACGGAAGAGCACCCAGCUGCCGGGAUGACCCCGGGAAAAGUUCGAACACUGUUCAGCUCCUUUUGUCUGUGUGAUAGACCUAAGAACUGUAUUCGUGUCAUACCAGCAUAUUAACCUCUCGUCUGUGCACAGCUUCAAAUGUUACCGUCUAGUUAGAUUUUUAUUUAAAAUAUGAAAAACUGCUUUUCCCAAGACGUUUUUUAAAAACAAAGCUACAAUUUUAAUAUUUAACAUAUUUAAAGUUUCAAAGCACACCUGUUUGGCUUGGGUGGGGAGGGGUGGGGGACAUACUUUUUCAGUCUUAAUUUUUAAAUAUAUGAUCAUUUUCUAUCGUCCAAUCAUUUCAGCACCUCCAAAGGUCCCUAGGACACUUUGCCUCUCUUCUCACCCUGUCUCCCAUCCACCCCCAGCUCGGGGGGCCCACGGGCCAGGAGUGGAAAAGCCUGCAUUCAUGAAACUUUUUCUCCAUUCACUUUCUAUUUCCAAAUUAGGAAAGCAACCUUUUGGGUUAUAUAUAUUUUUUUUUAAUACCUCAGUGCUGCAAGUAUCACCAGAGAGGCUAUGGAAGAAUUUUUUUUUUAAUUUAUUAUAGAUGUAAACAGAAUUUUAAAAAUAAAAAGUAUAAACAUCGCUGCACUGUGACUGGUGGGAAAAACUGACAGUUUCCUCUUUGCACAUGUUUAACAUUUGGCUGUUAUAAUAUAUGGUCCUCGGUUGGGGAAAGAUACUUAUGAUGAAGGAUAUUUUUUAAUUUAACUUUUUUUUAAUAUUGGUAAUAGGUCGGCAACAGCGAUUAUAGAAAUACAGCUCAAUAGAUGGCAUUAAAACAUAUUGUAGUGUGGAGAUAUAUUUUUUCUUUUUUAAAAUGUGAUAUUGACGUUUUAUUAAUAUUUUUUAAAUUGUUACGUUUAUAAAUUUGGUACUUAAGGCACAGCCAGUAUGAGACACUGAAUGCGACAUUUAUUAUAAAGAGCUGCUGCACUCCUAUUUUUAUAAAUUUUACUAACAAAGUAGACUAAUGUAGACAUUCACAGACAUGGUAGGGCAAAAAUAUGUUCAAUCAAAAGGCUCCAAAAUGCUAACUCAGAAAGAAAGAAAAAAAGCCUUUUUCAAUUCUAAUUAAACAGCAACACAUUAAAAAAAAAAAAAAUCAUGUUCUUUGUUUUUCCAAUAAAAUGUUAGGUUGUUUGGUGAGGGUUUUUUUGGUUUUUUUUUUCUUUCUCUUUUAAUUUCCAAACAACCAGGUUAAAAGUAAAAUGCUGGGCGCUUUUAAAGUAUCAAAACUUGUUCAAGUAAAUAAAAUAACAAAAUAGAAGUUUUAUUUAAAAAAAAAACAAAGACAAAAAAAGAGACAAUAAAUUCCCAGAAAUUCAGUGUCUAGCCUAGGGAAUUUAAUUACUAUUUUGUCCAUGUUGGUGAUGUACUGUACGACCCUUCCUUUCUCUGCAUCCCCCAUCACCUCAUUGACUCCUUAUUGAUCACUGUCUGUUAAUAAUGUAUAAAGUGGCUAUCUUGUAAGCGUGCUGUCCUGGUACUAGUGUAGUGACUUUUUUUCUCCUCUUUCUUCUAGUACAUAUUGAUAGGUAUAACGUAAUUAAGGUUUAAAAAAACUAGACAUAGUUAUUCAGAUUUAGGACCAGUAAGGAUAGAACUUUCUCUUAUUUAUGAAAAAAAAUGUUAAUAAUUUUGGGGCAGUUUUUUCCUUUCAAUUUUUUUUUUUUUCCAAUUUCAAGUUUUCAUUUUACUUUUGCUGAUCUGAUGUGGUUUCAACUAACCCAAGGUCUCACGAUGUUCAAAUGCCGGCAGACUCUACGGCGUUUUGUAGAUUCCCACCCCCCCCCCAACUGUGAAGGGGUGUGCCAUACUACCUUAAAUGCUAAUGCUAGAUAUGCAAAACUGGAUUUUUUUAAUUUAUUUUUUAAAAGAGGGAGGCAUGGUAUAUUAAAAUGAUUUUACUAAGAGAAAAAAAUAUUUUUUUAAGAAUGCUCAGAAGAAAUUGAUAAUCUGUGUGAAUAUGUUUUAGAUGUUUAUAAUACCUUUUGAAGAGACCCAGUAGCCCAUAGCACAAAUCUCGUGGAAAUCUGAUAUGUUUUAAUGUGGCUACCUAGGUUAAGGUUCACGUUAGUCCCCCCACUCAUCUAGAAGUCCAUUUUGAAAGAUUUUUGUAAAUUAUUUUAGCACUGAUGUUCAGCCUUGUCUUUGUUUCGGUUAAGCUCAGUGGCGAAUUUGGGAACCACCUUCCGCCUUCCCUGGGGGAGAAACCCUCUUGGCCGAUGGCUUUUCCCGGAAUCAUAAAAUAGCCACCGGGUGACUUUCUGGUUUCCAGAUCCAUCUGCCUGGGACCCCCAAACUCCUCUCCUCCCCAGCAGAGGAGAGAGAGUGGCAUUAGCUCCUGGCCCCCUCCCUGGUUCUACCCAGACGUGGCGCUGAUGGGGACGACCAGGCUUUUGGUCCCUCCUCUCCAGGAGCUUUCAGACCUACUUUGUGGCCUUCCUCACACCCACUGGGAAAAGCAAACAGCCUCGUGUUCCAUCCCAGUCACUCACGGGCUUGAUGCAAACAAAGCCCCAACAGGCCUUUGCGUUUCUAUCCUUCAUCACCUUCAUCUUAAUUUGAACUCGUAGCUUGGACUUUAAGGUAGCAUGGCUCUAUUGCUGUCAAUUUAAUGUUUCACUGCACAGCAAUUCACAGCCAGUGAAUGUUACACACAUCUUGCUAGACUAGUAUAAAAAUCAUUGGGUAAUUGUUGGUUCUAAUGACCUGAAAGGUGUUCAGUUUUUGUUUUGUUUUUUUUGGGGUUUUCUUUUUUUUUUUUUUUUUUUUGGUUCUUUUUCAUUUGGGGAUUUUGGAAAAAAAAAUGAUUUUGAUUUCAAAUAGAAAAGCAAAACCUAUUUUGAUCUUUAGUGCAAACGAGGGCUAGGGACUUAGCCACCACCACAACACUGCUUCAUUCUGCCAUUCACUCACUGCAGCAUAAUCAAGAAUAAAGCAAUAUAGUUUACUACAUUUUUUAUUGAAGGUCAGCCAUGCUUUCUGUAUUAUAUUGCAUAUGAAAUUGUUUACAAAAGAAACACUAACUCAUACUUCUCUUUAUCGGUUGGGAGUGGCACGCAGGGACAGAGGGAGACUGGGGGUGGGUGGGGGAGGGGAGGAUUUUUUUUUUCUUGAAUGUGCUUCACAAGCCAGGCUAUCUUCCAAGGAAGGCAUAAGCAAGAGGGGGCCUCGGGGGGAGCAGAGGGACAGGUGCAAGCGAGCACCUUGAAGAGAGACACUGGUGGGCUCCCCCGCCCUCACCCUAAGCGAAAAAGAAGCAGAAGUGAGCUCAGCCCAGUCUUGGGCACAGACACUACACAAGGAGACGAUAUACGUUAAGCAAUACUUUAAUAAUGUAAUGUGUUUGUUUUCUUUUUCUUUCUCUUUUUUUUUUUACCAAAAAAAUAAAUAAACUAAAACACAAAAAAAAUA